AUGUCACAGCAGAAGGAACAAUCUUGGGAACCUUCAAAUGCUCCCAAAUGCUCCCCUCCCCAGUGCCCAGGCCCCUGUCUGCGUACCUGCUCGGCUUCUUGUUCAGCAGAGUGCUGUUUCCCCUCCCUAAGGUCAGAGGCUCAGAGCACAGCCUGCCCCAGGAGGGUUCGCCGCCGACGCCGCCAGCCCCGCUGCCUCAGUGGUGGCACCACCUACCACUGCAAAGAGGAGGAGUGCUAG